UCGUUUCGUAGGCGCGCUCCUCGACACUGCUAAGCGUUGAAUUACUUCAUAGAUUUGAGCGGAUACUGAAAACGUGGUUCAGGGGGAAAAAGAGCGCGCACUUGUUACGAGCGUUACGUCGUCACCACCGCAGUUAAAAGCCUAUCAUCGAUCGUGUCGCGAGCACUUUUUCCUGUCUUUCUAACGUCUAAUAGUAUAAAGCGGUUAGACCGAGCACUUUUUAGGCUUAGUUGCGCUGCAAUUCUCGACCGAGGUGGAUCCAAACCCAGCUGAGGUGCAAAGUAGUGAAGUGGCAAAAAUUGUUUCGAUAGGUUUUUCCGUGUGUCUAAUUCGAUUAGCCCAGUGAUCUGGAGGAUACCUACUAAUAGUAAUCAAUCGCUUGUUACGCAAUCGCGCGGUCCAGUCCAGUCCAGUUCAGUAGUGUGGUGCGAACAUUUGAAACCUGACCAAGAGACAUCGUUUUGUCUGUGAGCUCUGUGAGCGUGAUUUGAUACGAAUUCCGAUUUGCUUCAUUCUCCAGUGAAUCCAGCAACAGCAGCAUGACUCCGUCGCCGAUCAAGAAUAUCCCGCGCCGCCAGGCCAUUCCGAUCCUGUACACCAGAGGAACGCAUUAUGACGUUGGAUACGAUGUGGGAAGAACCUUCGCAGCGCUCAUUAAAAACUUUCUGCAGUUGUCCGGACCAUUGAAUGACACCUAUUUGCCACUGUACAACACCGACGAAGGCAGAAAAGUUUACAAUGAAACAUUGGAAUCGGUGAAGAGAUCCUUCCCGCAAUAUAUUCGCGAGCUGGAAGGAACCGCGGAUGGCGCACAAGUCGAGUUCCAUAAGCUGUUUCUACUACACAUGGACGAUAUCCUGCCGGUUGCCGUCGAAGGAAGAAACAGCAUCAAUCAACCGAUCGGAUGUUCCACCGUUUGCGUCAACGAGCCGGAUUGUGAAAUCCUGGCCCACACGGAGGAUGCGCUGAGUGAGGUACUCAACCACUACUACUUUGUAUCGGCUCACAUCAUCUCGGAUGCACCGCAGGGCAAGUACAACGUAACGGAGGAACGGUUUACCUCUCUUUGCUAUGCCGGCCACCUGCCGGGUUAUACCAUGAACUACAACCACCACGGAUUGGUCUUCUCGAUCAACACGUUGAGUGCUAGAAAGUUGUACGGCGGAAAAACUCCGCGCCACUUCAUAACGCGUGCCCUACUAUCGGCGGAAAACUUUGUGCAGGCGCAACAAAUUCUACGAGACACUGGAGUCGGCGCCGCCGACGGGUGCUCGAUUAAUAUGACGUUCUUAAACCAAGAGGGCGACCGGUUGUUCCACAAUGCCGAAAUGGGCCCGGCCGAGCGGGAUCAAUCGCAGCUGAACAUCCUGACGGCCAGCCCGGGCGAGUACAUCGUGCACGCUAACAUGUACCUCCGGCUACCGGUGCCGGAAAUGACCGGUCUGAUCAUCGAUUCCAGCGUGGAACGCAUGAAAACGUUCAACGCGUUCAAGGCACCGAAAACCCUAAACGAUGUCGUCCGCAUGCUGGGCGAUCAGAGCGCCAAAGAGCACACGGUGUUCCGCGAGAAGGAUGCCAAGGACAUCAUCAAGACGGUUUGCGUUGGCGUGUUCGACUGUCGCAAGCGAACCUGGUCGCUGUACUCGGACAAUCCGAAGUUUAACGCCCCACUCGUGGUAAUGCCGUUGGUGAUACGGGAGUAGGUUUGCUCUGCCGAUGGUUGGUUUUAAAACAAAUACAAGAGAUUUCGCAUUUAUUACGCGUACUUUCUGACGUACCAUUCAAUGAUACGUGAAGUUGAAUUUCAGUACUUACAGUUUUUUCUCACCUAAAUUCGUUUCUGUAGAUUCACAGAUAUGCAUAGAAUAAGCGAUUUCUCGCUUUAAAAAAUAUGUAAUUUAAAUGAAAACCUAAGCAGGCGACAUGUAUAGUGUAUAUUAUUCGUUGUACUAUUUAUAAUUAAACAGUUUAUGCUUUUACUAGCAACUA